AUGGCCUGGAAUCUAAGCUCUGCUUGGGGCCUAGAGCAAGAGACAAUCAGCCAGAGAAUGGGCUGCACCGAGACGGGAAGGUGGAGCAUCACGAAGUUGUGGAUCAUUGCCGCCGUCUUCCCCGACGGACCGGGCCGCAUCCCCGGCCGAAUUCCGAGUCAUGCCCCUCGGCAGGUGCUGUCAUGA